AUGAAAUACGAAAUAAAAAUAAGAUAUCCGUGCGAAAACCCAGAAAUUAUUUGCAAUAGCAUUAAACAGGAUGAUAUAGAAAAUACAACCUGUAAUCUAAAAUAUACAAUAGAAGAAACAUAUUUAAGUGUUGUAAUUUCUUCUACAGAUAUAAAAAACUUACAAAAAAGUUUUAACAGUUUUUCACAACGAUUUAAAUUAGCGGAGGAUGCGUAUAAUUUUUGCAAAGAAUAA